AUGUUCCGAAAGCUCACCGCCCUCCUCUCAUCCCUCUCCCUCGCCGCUGCGCACUUCUCAAUCGAGUAUCCCUACUGGCGCGGCAGCUCCUUCGAAGGCGACGCCUCGCAGUGGAUUUCACCCUGCGCCAACGUCAACUCGACGCCCGAGUCCGAAGCCAACCGCACGCAGUGGCCCGUGACGGGCGGCUCGCUGCGCCUGCACGUCACGCACCCGUGGGCGCUGACGUACGUCAACCUCGGGCUGGCCGAAGGCAACAACACGAUCGCCAGCUUCAACGCCUCGCUGCUCGCCACGUACAACCAGACGGGCAACGGCACCUUCUGCCUGCCGCAGCUGGGCGGCACGGCGCUGGAGGAGCUCGCGCGCGAAGCCGGGAUCGAAGGAGGCGUGACGGGGCUGGACGGCCGCAAUGCGAGCUUGCAGGUCGUGCAGAUUGGACAUGGCGGGAGUGCGUUGUACAAUUGCGCCGACAUCACUUUCUCCUCCAACGCCUCCACGCUGGCCGCGGACCAGUGCAGUAACUCGACCGGCGUCGGCGGCAUCGAGGUCACGAACGUCGGCUCCGAGGCUGCUGCGGGUGGCAGCGCUUCUUCGUCUGCGUCGUCCGCUGAUGCGAGCGCGACGGCGACGGGAGCUGCGAGUGGUGGCAAGGACGACCACAUGGCUGGCAAGUUGUUUCUUGCAGGCCUAGUAGGUCUUCUUUUGUUGGGGUUGUAG